CCUCCAUCACCUACGAAUUAAACAAAGUCACGUCCUCCUAAACCCAGCUAUCUCUGCACGUGGCACUCUCUCAUUGGCUAAACCACCUCCCUACAACAAAACAAAAAAAUAAUACACACCGAUAGAUUGUGCGCCCCACAAAUCUCAUCUGCUGUGAACUCACUCUAUUCCUUUCUUCCAUCAGACUAUACAUACAGAACUUCCUGUAUCUAUAAUACAGUACAAUAUUUACAGUCGUGCGUACAACAACACCACCUAGAAAUGGUGAAGUUGAGCUGAACCUUGGAGAUGUGCGAAAAUCGAGGUAAAGAUUACUGUCUACGUAAUGCCUACGUCACCACCUGAAGAAAACCCUAGCCCAAACCCUAAAUCAUCAUCGGCGGCGCCGCCGGUGAGGAAACGGCGGUUGAGCUUAUCGGAGAUAUGGUAUAACAAGGAUUCACAAGCGUUGAAGCAAUUAGUGCUUCAAAUGCGAGCUCAAUCAUCGGUUUCAAAUUCAACUACUCCACCUUCUGAAUCCGAAUUAUCUGAAACCCUAACCCUAGACGACCCGGAACCGACCCGGUUCAGUUCCGGACCCGAUUGUACGGCGUUGCUUUCUGAUAAGUUGUUGCUGAAUGUGCUUUCCAAGGUUGAAGAAAAGCAGCAUGUUUCGAAUUCGUUGGUUUGUAAGCGUUGGUGUAAGCUUAGUGGGAAGUUGGUUAGGUCUAUUAAGUUGUUAGAUUGGGAAUUUUUGGAAUCUGGGAGGCUUAGUUAUAGGUUUCCUGGUUUAAUUGACAUUGACUUAAGUCGAGCGUGUGUCGAAUCCAGGAGGAAUUCGGGGAUUGUGAUGAGUCAUAGGCUCGUUUCGCUGCAUUUGGGUUCGGGUUUUAUUGAUGGAGGGUUUGUUAGGAAAGAGGGGUUUUUGAGGAAAGAUGUGGUUGAUGGAGGGGUUAAGGUUUUAGUCGAGGGUUGUGUUAAUUUAAGGAGAAUAGUAUUGAUGAAUGCAAGUGAAGAGGGGUUGAGUUGUUUGGGCGAAAAGUGUGAAACUUUGCAGGAAUUGGAAUUGUAUUUCAUUGAUGACUUUGCGUUGAAGGGGUUGUUUGGUUGUAGGAAUUUGCAGAUACUGAAAUUGGUUGGUUGCAUUGAUGGAUUGUAUAAUUCCAUGGUUUCGGAUAUUGGGUUGACCAUUUUAGCUCAAGGGUGUAAGCGUUUACUGAAGCUUGAGCUGGUCGGAUGUGAGGGAAGUUAUGAUGGGAUUAAAGCAAUUGGACAGUGCUGUCAGAUGUUAGAGGAAUUGAUACUUUGUGAUCAUAGGAUGGAUGGUGGGUGGUUGUCAGCUUUGUCAUAUUGUAGGAACUUGAAAACUUUGAAGCUUCAGUGUUGUAAGGUUUUAGAUUCAAGUCCUGGCCCUGAUGAGCACUUGGGUUCUUGUUCUACUCUCGAGGAGCUACAUUUACAGCAGUGUCAAUUACGGGAUAAGCAAGGUGCGAGGGCGUUGUUUCUGGUUUGUAGGACUGUCCGUGAGCUUGUCUUAGGGGACUGUUGGGGAUUAGACAACAGUAUAUUUGCUGCUGCAAGUGUUUGUCGGAGCUUGAGAUUACUCUCUUUGGAUGGAUGCUCGUUGCUGACGACUGAAGGAUUGGAUUCAGUAGUUCAGUCAUGGAAAGAGCUUGAAAGGCUAAAGGUAGUCGCAUGUAACAAUAUAAAGGAUAGUGAAAUAACACCAGAACUAGCAACUUUAUUUUCUGUUCUCAAAGAGCUAAAGUGGAGGCCAGAUUCUCGGUCUUUUCUUUCAUCAGGUCUUGAAGGGACUGGAAUUGGGCAGAAAGGUGGAAGAUCGUUGCGGAGGAAGUAAAGUGUGGACAAACUGAUGCCGAGAAAUUGAUUCCUUUGUACACUUUGAGAGGUUUAGCCGUGCAAAUAUUGUGAAAAUGCAAGUAAUAACAUUUAGCGGUUUUGGCAUGUGUAUUCCGUCAAAACUCCGAGGAUGCUUUGGUAGAUCUUUUGCUGGUUUAUAACCAAUCGACCAAUUAUCUUUAGGUUUAGAACACUAAAUUUUUCUCAGUUUUGUACAUGGGUUAGCCUUUCUGUACCAAAUACAGUGUUAGCUCUAGCUUUGUGUUUUAGAUAUUCACUUACUUCUUGCACAACUGGAGGAUAAUGUGUACGAGAUUCUUAAAUCUGAUAACUGUACCGAAUUUUCUAGGAAUAAAGAAGGGAGUCAUACACAUUCUUUUUA